UGCGCACUACACAUUUGCAAUUGGAGUAGAGUCGUAUUUGUCUUUCAAUACGGCUCUGGACGUGUAGUAGGCUUGUCUCACUCUCACCACUCUCAGGUUUUUAUCUCCUCAUUCUAGCCCAAUUGUCAUUCAAAUGGCGAAUAAGGUGACUUUUCAGAAGCCCCCAGAGCCGACUUUCUUAGCUCAGUUUAAGCAGAAAGUUGGAUACAAAGAAACUGCAGCGUUAUCUGACAAGUUUGCGACGAAACGGGCAGCAGGAGAAGAAAAUGAGUCAGAUGAAGACGACGAAAUGAAGUUUCUCAGUGAGGACAGGAAAGACGGCAGUGGACCGGUUGUGGUGAAGCUAAAAAAGAAUGACAUGACUGAAGAAGAAGCUAGAAUAUACACAGAGUUUACUAGACGAAAGAGAAAAUCUGACACAAAUGUACAGAGUAGUACUGAGGAGUCAGAAGCUACCAAAGCACGUACAGACGAUGAAGACAGACUUGAAGCAGAAGGAAAGAUAAUUUAUCGAAAACCGAAGAAAGAAUCAGACAAUAAGAAGGAAAGCAGCAGAAAGUCAAACAAGAAAUCAAAGAAGGCUUUAUCCAAAGCAAUACAGAAUAAAAGUUUGCUGUCAUUUAAUGAUCAGCAAGAGCAAGAAGAGUUGGAUGUAUAAUUGGAGUUGUAUGUACAUAUAUGUAUAACUGUGAUAGCCACUGUAAACUGUUGUAGCUUGUUUGGCUAUGUAAUUUGCAGUCUUUUCCUAAUGUCAGGGUUUGUUUGAUUCCAGUACAAUUUUCCUAAGCCCCUAAU